CUCGUUUUAAUGACAAUGAAGAGAGAACAAUGUAUUUUUCUUUUAUAUCUUUGUAUUUUUGCGAUAUUUGGAUACGUUUAUUCAAUUGGAAAUGACCAUCAGGAAAAACAAUUGCUUCGCAGUCCAACUUCUGGAAAAACAUCCAGUAUUUUACGGGAUAUCCUCAAACAAGAAUCUUCUUUGCGUUUUUCUAUGGUGCAAAAAAUUCGGAAUUUGGUCACAAAUGCUAUUGACAACAAUAAUUUAACAGAACUGUUAACAGAAAAGAUUAUUUCAUUGGAAAACAAAUUAAAUGCUAUACAAUCCGAAAACCUAAAACUGGAAGACACAUUGGAUGAAUCAUUAUAUGAUUUUCGUCAGGAUCAGAAUGGAACAAAACUACAAUUACAGAAUGUUCCUCCAGUACCCCAGUCAAGUAUCCAUUGUUUUUUCCCUUUUGAUUGCUUUGACAUCUAUAAUUGUGGAGAGAGGAAAAACGGUGUUUAUGAUAUAUAUCCCUUCAGAUCCCGUGUUUCCACUAAAGUUCUGUGUGAUAUGGAAACAGAUGGAGGUGGUUGGACGGUUAUUCAGCGCAGGAAUCGAGAAAUGUCCCGGGUAAAUUUCAACACUACCUGGAAUGAAUAUAAGCAAGGUUUUGGGGAUGUCCUAGGGAAUUAUUGGCUUGGAAACGAUGCCAUUCAUACGUUGACCACGGAGUACAACAACUCGCUGUACAUCAGAAUGGAGUCUACAAAGAAAAAGUCAUAUGAAGUGCAAUAUUCUUUAUUUUCCAUCUCCGAUGAAACGGACGGUUACAGACUUUCUCUGGGGGAGAAAUCAGGAAAUAUUGAUGAUGCAUUCAGAGCGCACUCAGUGGUGAACCAUCCCUUUUUCACGUUCGACCAUGACAGACGCACGUGCGCAGCUCAAUGUGGAUCUGGAUGGUGGUACUAUAGUUGUGCUGUCGUAAAUCUCAAUGCUCCUUUUGCUGGAGGACACAGGGAUCCUGUAUGGCAUAGGGUUAUUUCAAAAGGCACUGAUCUUUUCUUUACGGAAAUGAUGAUUAAAAGAAACCACUAAUUAUA